CGCAAGAUGGCCAGCGGGCCUUGCAAAACGGAGGCGCAUGCGCAACGGCGACCUCUCCGCCGUCGGUUGGGAAAACAUGGCGGGGCCCAGUUCUGAGGCGAGUGGCCGGCAGUUGCGACCGGGGAAAAGCAACCGGAUCCUCUUGGUGCGACAUUUGCCCGCCGUCUUGACGGCCUCGGAGAAAGAAGAGUUGCUGAGGCACUUCGGGGCUUCGUCGGUGCGGAUCCUUUCGGACCACGGCAGGCUGAAACAUACAGCUUUUGCGACUUUUCCCAAUGAAAAUGCAGCUACUCAGGCUUUAUCAAAACUACAUCAGCUCAAUCUUCUAGGCCACACUCUUGUAGUUGAAUAUGCAAAGGAUCAAGAGAGUGAUUUUGCAAUUAGUGAACCUUCUGAAAAAGACAAAAGUCUUGAAGAGCCUGUCAAAGAAGAGAAGGGGCAAAAAGACCUAAGCUGUCUCAGAAUUGAAAGUGGAGUUGCUCCUAGCCAUGGGUUAACAUUCCCUAUAAAUUCGUGCCUCAAAUAUUUGUAUCCCCCACCGUCCAGUACAAUCUUAGCCAACAUAGCAAAUGCUUUGGCAAGUGUUCCUAAAUUCUAUGUACAGGUUCUGCAUCUUAUGAACAAAAUGAAUCUUCCACCUCCUUUUGGACCAAUUACUGUACGGCCACCCAUGUAUGAAGAGUACUUCCCUUUGCCACCUCCUAUUCCUCCUUUACCUCCUGAGCACCCUCCAUUGCCUGAAGAUGACAGCCAAGACUCAAAUAAAGAUGAGUCUGAAUAUGAAAGUGCCGAUGAAGAAAAAGAAAGAUUUACAAAAUUGGUGGAACUAGCAACACUUCAGCCAAAACGACCGAUGCCAACAAAGCAGCGUCACACAAGGAAAAAAAGGAAGAUAAAGGACUUAUUAAAUGCUUCCCUAGUUGCUCCACCCAGUAAUUUGCACCCAGCACUGACACCUUCAGAUGUGUUUGAGCAGCCACAAACAAUAGGAAUCAAGAAGAUUGAAUUUAACAUUUCUUCAGAGACGCCUACUAUUCUUCAGAAAAGCGUGGAAAAGGAGCACAAUGAUGACUCUUCCUCGGAAGCUGAUGAUAUAACUAAUGAAGGGUUUGGAAAAAUUUUCCCGGCUCUCAGUUCUAAUCAUAAAGAGGACACAGAAGAUGAAGAGGAUGAAAUUCCUUCAGAAUUUGUUUCUAAAAGAGUGUUAGAAAAAGGCAGAAUCUCAAAAAAAGAAAUGGAAACACUUUCUGUCUUCAAAAAUUACGACCCCGGAGAUCCAAACUGCAGAAUUUAUGUGAAGAAUUUAUCUAAACAAGUUCAAGAAAAGGAUUUGAAAUUUAUUUUUGGAAAAUACAUUGACUUUUCAUCAGAAACUGAACGAAUAAUGUUUGAUAUACGCUUAAUGAAAGAAGGCCGCAUGAAAGGACAAGCUUUUAUUGGCCUUCCUAAUGAAAAAGCAGCUGCAAAAGCUUUAAAAGAAACAAAUGGAUAUCUCUUAUUCGAUAAGCCAAUGGUGGUUCAAUUCGCUCGAUCAGCAAGACCGAAGCCAGAUGCCAAAGACAAGAGAAAACCUAGAGGGGAAAAAAACCUGAAAAAACAUUCCUGCGUAAAUACUGCAGUAAUACUGUGUCAUGAAAAGUGUAUCCUUUCUUGUUGUAUCCUUUUUGUGAAUCUUUUUUGGAAAAAACCCUUAUUUUCUAGCAUUGUAAUACAGGCUAAAAUAGUAAACCAUUCUUCUUUCAUUUAACAGGACACCCAUAGAGGUUUUUAGCCUUUAAAUGUGCCUUUUAAAAUCCCAAUUAUUAAUUAAAAUCCCAGGCCUUCAGUAAGUGCAAGGGCUCUGCUUACGUUGGUAGAGCUUAAACGUUGUACUGUAUACUAACUGAUGGCCUGGACUCAAGUAACCACUGCACUAAAAUUACAGGGAGAAAAAUGAAGUCUUCUUAUGUAGUUAUGUGCUCGUUCUGAUCUACAACUCAGCUGUUACUAUCAUGUAUUUUAUUUAUUUAUUUAUUUGAUUUCUAUAGCCGCCCAUCUCAGGAAGGUUGGCAGCGUACACCAUGAAACAUUAAAAAAACACCCAUUUUGCUUAUGAUUUUGUUCUCUGUGUAACAGAGUAAAGCACAAUAGCACCAUUGUAUUCAGAACAAAUAGAACGGCUUCUUCCUUGAAUAAAAGGGACUGUAAGCUAAAGGAUACUCUUAGUGAAGAAAGGAAAGAGACACAGUUCUCACCCCCUAGAUUACUACUUGCCCUUUAGGGCGAGUCUCCCAGUUUCCAAGUGCAGAUUUUUACAAGAAGGAUAAUAAAUUUAAAAAAAAGAGUUAUCUCCUUUCCUCCGGUGGAAGCAUCCUGCUCAGUAGAACUUCACCCAGCAGAAAUAUGGGUUCAAGUAUUAGCUUGGCUUUUUUAAAAAAAAAAAUGAAUUCUUUCCUGUUGAAUAAUAUAUGGGUAUUUAAUGCAUUUUUAAAUUGUUCCAGGUGCGUUUUUGAGUUCCGUGUCUUACAAGUGUGUUCGAGCUCUGGGAAAAGAAGAUGCAUGGUAGCAGAACUUUUGAAUAGUGUGUAAAAGUACACAAAAUACCAUACAACAUUCUGGUAAUUAUAGGGGCAUCUAUCUUUUUAAACAAAACUCUUCCAAUGGUCCACAUAGCAUUUGUGGAAAAUGCUAAGUUUAAAGCUCUAAUAAAAUAUUCUGUUUU